CUUUAAAACCCAAGAUUUGUUAUGAUUUACAUUCAAGCAAAGUAAUUUCUGGAGUAUCAGCAAAAUUAUUUUUGAAGUUUUUUUGAGUAAUAUGGCGCUUAGCGAAAAUGUAGUCCCAUUUAAAUAUAAAGACGAGAUAGUGAAUCAUAUUCCAAAAGUUUUCAUUGAAUCAGAGGAUGGUUCAGAAGACUACUCGUGGUUUCUGAAUGCACCAAGUUUUUCGACAUUCAGAGUCAAUGUCGAGAAAUACAAAGUUCAAGAUUUAGUCAAUGUUAUUGAAAAACAACUGCUAGAAGAAGCUGAAACAAAAAAUAAAUGUCCCCCUAAAGUUUUUAUUCACAAAAUUAUAAAUGACUGUAUUGUGGUAAGUAGAUGGAAUCACAAUGGAUUAGAAAAAUUGUGGGAAUACGAUGUUAUUGUCGAUGUAGCUUGUGCUAAUGCUGUGUUAAGAGGUGCAGAUAUUUUCGCACCUGGGAUAUUGUCAAUGUCUUCAAAUGCUAUGAUAGGAGAUAAAGUAAAUGUUUAUGCUGAUAUUGAAAAAAAUUGUAGACGUGGUUACAAUAAAAAAUUUACUGGUAAAUCCUUGUUAAUUAGCACUGGAAAAGUUAAAAUCACUAGAGAUCAACUGUUUAAAAACAAUGCAACUGUGAGAGGUGUAGGCGUAGAAGUUGAUUGGAAUUUAUCUGGUAUCCCCAAAAUAAAAUUGCCUGAUGAUGCAGGAUUACUUCAAAACUUUCCAUCUAUCGUUUGUGGUCAUAUGUUUAAAAACAUUACUGGAAAUGUUCUUGACAUGUGUGCAGCUCCAGGAAAUAAAACCACACACAUAGCCUCAAUUUUAGGAGAUAAGGGAGAGGUCACUGCACUUGAUAAAACGAAAGAAAGAGUGGCAAAAAUUGGAAGACUUUGUGAAAGUUUGGGUGUUACAAAUGUGAAGUACUAUUUAUAUGAUGCAACAAAAUGUAUUUCCGAAAACGCCAAUCAUAUAGGUCCACCUUUCAUGACAGAAUCAUUUCAAGCUGUCCUCUUGGACCCACCAUGUUCUGCGCUUGGACAGCGUCCCUCUCUUAUGAAUAACAUUUCUCCUUCUCAACUCAAGUCUUAUGUGUUUUUACAACGCCAACUAUUACGAAGUGCAAUUAAAGCUUUGAGCAAAGGAGGAUUACUGGUAUACAGUACAUGCACAAUCACUUUAGAAGAAAAUGAAGAGAUGGUAUCAUGGGCGCUUAAGCAAUUCCCAGAAAUCUCUUUGAAGAGUGUUGAACCUUCUUUAGGAUAUCCUGGCUUGCAAAACAGUUCACUGAGUGAAAAGGAAAGAGAGUUGGUAUCCAGAUUUGGCCUCCCUAGGGGAAGCUCUGUUGAUGAAGACACAAUAGGAUUCUUUAUAGCGUGUUUUAAUAAAAAUAUAUAAUGAAUAAAUUUGUAUGUUUUUAUUCCUAGUAUAGAAUUAUCCUUUUUAAAAUCAUUUCUUCUUUGUCGAUUUGACUUGAGAUGCAGGACAUAUUGCUUUGUUCCGACAAUUUGAACAAUCAGGCUUUACAGGCUUACAAAUUGUCUGCCCGAACCCUACCAAGAGAUGAUUCACUUCCUUCCAUAGGUCCUUCGGUAACCAGCUUUCUAGUGCUAUUCUAGUAGCUUCGGGAGUUUUAGUAAGUUUCUGUACCCAACCAAGGCGAUUACUUAUUCUAUGAACAUGAGUGUCGACACC